AUGACCCACGAUGGACAAGACAGCCAUGGAAACAACCCGCCUCCCGUAUCGCCCGUGCUCAGAUCAAGCACACUGGACGUCCAGCCAUUACGGAUCCCAAAGAACAAGAGCACGUCGAAUCUACCGCUGGCUGGCAACGAUGCGUCCGUAUUUCCUUCGUUCAAUCCCCGGACGCGCUUUUCCUUUGACGCUGGGACGGCGCAGGAGAUAAGCAAUCUGAAGAGGGCCACGCGUUUUGACCAUGACCUCGGAAAGUCCGGCCUGCGAAGAAUCAGAAGACUGGGCCCUUCACUGCGGGCGCCCUCUUUGGUCUUGGGAGAUGGCGACUUUCUCGCCUCACCCAUAGAGCGCUCAAAGACCAUGCCGAUGUCUGGUUCUUCAUCUCGAUCCGUUUCGACCGGACAGCUGCUAAGCGGUCCAACGUCCCCUGUCAUUGAGGACCUUCACCGUUUCCCGUCGGAGUCAUUGCACUCAUUCUCCUUUGCCAAACAAUCGGAAGAGUUUCUCCAUAGCAGACAAAACAUACUGCAAAGGUCGGUGGAUUUCGUGCGAGAUCGGUCUCAAUGGGCCGCAAACCCUGCCCUGGCUGACGCCCAAGCACGAGCCAGCGGGAACGUUGAGGUACAAGGAAUGAUGGCCCUCCUCAAAAAGGCCAAUCUCAUACCAGUUGAUACUGGUCGUGCCAACUCUCGAGGAGUUGGAGCAGGGCCUCUCACGGGUCCGGCUCAUCACGACGGACGCAAUAUCUUCGAGAAGAGCUUCAGCCAGGAAUUGGAACAUGCCCAAAAACAGGCCGGGGUACAAUAUGCAGAAGACCAAAGCGCUGGGCGCAAAUAUUCGAUUGACGAUGACGAGGACGAAGAGGCCUUACGGGAGCCAGAUCUAGAGAUGAGAAUACCUCCAUCACGGUCGGAUUCUAUGAGCGCCCCGCGCCGAACAGCUCUUCGGAGGACAUAUACUGACGUGCAUUCUGUGUCUCUCCAGCAGAAGUUGAUAGAGGCUCUUGCACAGCCUUACUCAACCGACGAGGUCUCUUACCCUCAAGGCGCCACGACAAUGUCCAGAACCAGCGUUCCUCCUACACCCUCGGUCGCCAAUCCACCAAACGUGCACAGCCACAGUAGCAAAUGGUCGCCAACCCAUCAAGCUGUGUUUCGAACCGAAGGGGAUGCUCCCUGGACUAUUCUAGCUGCCAACGACUUGGCCUGCCUCAUCUUCGGCAUCUCAAGAGCCGAGGUCCGUUCUCUUAGCAUCUUGGGGAUCAUCCAAGAAGAACGAAGGCAUUGGCUAGAGACAAGGCUCGCUCGCCCCGAAGAACCUGCAGAGAGCAUACGUCCCACAACCUUCAAGAAUGGAACAGGAAGUGGUAGCAUGUCGUCGAUCGGGUCAAAGAGCGGUAUUACUGCUAGACUGCUGAGUAAAGCUCCCUCUAGAGCUAACAAAUCUUCAGACAAAAGAGCAAAGACGGUUGACGGCUCUGGUGGUUAUAGCCGGUCCAAAUCCAAUAAUCACCCGCCUACCAAAUCCCGAGGCGUUCUUCUUUGUGGCGAUAUCGUGCCUGUCCAGAGGCGCGACGGCACCAAAGGCGCUGCAAGCUUCUGGGUCAUGGAGAAGAGAGGCGGUCUCAUCUGGGUAGUAGAAGAGAUCGCGGAGGAUGUUGCGUAUGUGAACGUGGAUGAUGACGGCACAGUUAAAGGCGCUUAUGGGGACACCGAAGCCAUAUGGGGACAAUCGAAUCUUGAAGGUGCUCCUCUGCAGAGCCUGCUUCCCAAGUUCCCUUUGAACACUAUGAACUCAUCUGAAAAGAUACAUCCAGGGUAUUAUACGGCUCGAACCGUUGACCAUUUCAACGUUCCCACAACAGUGGAGAAGUCACCUACGGAAAAUCAACUGCGAGUUUCGAGCCUGCCACACAUCGCGGGCGUGAUGGUACUCAAUCCCGCCAACCUCAAGAUCAGUAGUUCUAACAACAUCUUUGCCGCCGCAUUGUUUGGCUAUGAAAAGCCCGAAGGCCUGGAAUUUACCAGCCUAAUCCCAAACUUCGGUGACAUGCUACAUAUAUUGGCCAGCGAGGACGACGUUCAGCUGUCGGAUGGAAUUGUGAUACCAGAGCACAGUUUCCGUCGAGCUCGUGGCCUGCUCGCACUCCGCGAAGGCAAUGAGAACCCAAGCGACAUCUUUCUGCGGCCUUGUGGACUACCUGCGAAACAUCAUGACGGCUCUGAUAUCAUGGUUGACGUCCAAAUGCGAGUGGUUCGAAGUGAGUCGUUAUUCCCCAUGUCCGACGAUGCUAUAAUUGAGGAGAAGGAGGACGAAGAGGGAGAGGAUCUCGCUGGAUCAGGGGUUGCAGUCGCCGAACUUGUUUACGCCGUCUGGAUCAUCUACUCGCGAAAUAUCCACUCCACCAGUAUGGGUGGAUCCAUUACUGACCAUGAGCCUCAAUCGCGUCCUCUGUCACCACCCUCCCAACCAGAGCCACCUACGUCUAUACCAUCGCCGCCACCUAGGACCUCAACUGACAGUCCCCGAGUGUUGAGCCCUUCGGACGAGCCGGAUGAAACAGACUCGGUUGCAAUGGAUGAGCCCUUGGACCACCCACCUCCGCAUACACCAUAUGUCCCGCAUGAAAGAAAGACGAUUGAGGACUUUACCAUCUUGGAGGAAAUGGGAUCUGGUGCGUAUGGUCAGGUCAAACUUGCUCGGUACAAAAGAGGAGAAGCCAGAAAAAUGGUGCUGAAAUAUGUGACCAAGAAACGAAUCCUUGUUGAUACGUGGACCAGGGAUCGGCGUUUGGGGACGGUGCCUUUGGAAAUCCACGUUCUCGACUACCUUCGUGGUGAUGGACUUCGCCACCCAAACAUAGUGGAGAUGAUUGACUUUUUUGAGGACGACGUGAACUACUAUAUUGAAAUGUUACCGCACGGCAUCCCUGGCAUGGAUCUGUUCGACUACAUCGAACUUCGGACGAAUAUGACGGAAGCAGAAAGUCAAAGUAUUUUCCGCCAGGUUGUCGAUGCCAUCCACCACCUGCAUACCAAAGCGCUCGUGGUCCACCGUGAUAUUAAGGACGAAAAUGUGGUUCUGGACGGCGAGGGUCGCAUAAAAUUGAUCGACUUUGGAAGUGCUGCUUAUAUCAAGAACGGACCCUUCGAUGUAUUCGUCGGUACUAUAGAUUAUGCCGCUCCGGAGGUUCUGCAAGGGAAACGAUACGGAGGGAAAGAACAGGACGUGUGGGCAUUGGGGAUUCUGUUGUACACGAUUGCGUACAAGGAGAAUCCGUUCUAUAACUUGGAUGAAAUACUUGACCACCCCUUACGAGUUCCGUAUCUGCCGUUUUCCGAAGAGUGCCUGGACCUCAUUCGCAAAAUGCUCGACAGAGAUGUAGAGAAACGAAUCACGAUUGAGGCAGUGCGGAACGAUGUGUGGCUCGAGGACGAUUGA